GUGUGUUUUCUGAGUCAGCAUUAGUUAAAUUUUCCAGAAAGCAAUCCACAAAGUACAGCCUGGGCAUUUAAGGGACGUCAUUCAUUUCCCCCAGUGACCUUGACAAGUCAGAAGCUUGAAAGCAGGGAAAUCCGGAUGUCUCAGUUAUGAAGUAGCACAGUGAGGCUCUAAUAUAUUUCCAGAAGUCUCCAUCCAGACUGGUGAUUAUCUGCCUCCGUUACUGCCAGUGACCAUCCAGGGUGUUUCUCUGGCUCAGAAGGGGUUGGCAUAAUGGCCAAAUGCUUCAGCCUGGUGUUGCUUUUUGCCUCCAUCUGGACCACAAGGCUCCUGGUCACAUCUCUCCGUGUAGAAGAACUUUCCACCUCAGGGCCAUGCAGAAUUAUGGGGGUCAACCUUGUGAAUAAAAAGACAGCCCCGCAGCUGAAUUUUGCAGAAGCCCAGGAGGCCUGUAGGUUGAUGGGACUAACUUUGGCCAGCAAAAACCAGGUUGAAGCAGCAUGGAGGUUUGGCUUUGAGACUUGCAGCUAUGGUUGGGUUGCAGAUAAGUUCUUGGUCAUCCCUCGGAUUCUCCCGAACCCCAAGUGUGGGAAGAACGGGACAGGUGUCCUGGUUUGGAGAAAUUCAGUCAGCAAAAAGUUCUUGGCCUACUGUUACAACUCAUCUGAUACUUGGAUUAACUCAUGCCUUCCAGAAAUUAUCACCACCAACGAUCCCAUAUUCAACACUGAAGAGGCAACAUACACAACAGAAGUGAUUGUCAGUGACAGUGCGUACUCAGCUUCACCUACUGACGCACCCUACUCUGCUACACCUACUCUUGCUCCUACUUCUGCUCUGGUUGCCACUUCUACUCGAAGGAAAAGAAAAUUGAUUUGCAUAACAGAAGGUUUUGUGGAAACUAGCACCAUAUCUACAAAAACAGAAACCGAGUCAUACAUUGAAAAUAAAGCAGCAUUCAAGAAUGAAGCCGUCGGGUUUGGAGGUGUCCCCACGGCUCUGCUAGUGCUUGCACUCCUCUUCUUUGCUGCUGCAGCUGGUCUGGCAGUUUGCUACAUCAAAAGGUAUGUGAAGACCUUUCCUUUUACAAACAAGAAUCAGCAGAAGGAAAUGAUUGAAACCAAAGUAGUAAAGGAGGAGAAGGCCGAUGAUAGCAACCCUAAUGAGGAAUCAAAGAAAACUGAUAAAAAGCCAGAAGAGCCCAAGAGUCCACCCAAAACUACAGUGCGAUGCCUGGAAGCUGAAGUUUAGAAGAGAAAAAAAUGAGAGGACACACCAAGCCUGAUUACUUUCCUGAUACAUAUCCUGGCCCCAGAUGGGGAAACUUAAAGGGCCAAAGAACCAAACAAGAAAGUCCACCCUUGGUUCCUAAAUGAUUGAAUCAACUCAGGGCUACCUUUGGACUAUGAAGUUCACCAAACGGAAUUCCCUUCUUACUGCAAUCAGUUCUGUAUCCUAUCCUCCUACCUCCAAAGCUUCCCACAGACUGUCUAGCCUGGCUAUGUCCUAAUAAUAUCUCUGUGGGAGAAAGGAGCUUUGCAAAGCACAGGGACCUAAAACAGCUAAUCAGAACACAUUUAUAAAGAGGCUUUUGGUUGGCUGAGAACAGGUGAGUUGAGAACCAAGAAACCACUGAGACCAAGGCUUUCUCUAAUUCCACAAGCCAGAUCGUUUCUUCACUCUGAAAAGGUAACACACAUCAUCUGGCAUGCCCUUCUGAGCCAGGCAAGAACAAAAGGAGGAAAGAAAAGUUCAGCAGCUGAAAGCCAUGGAGAUUCCCAUGACUUGAGACCUGAUCUCUAUAAAGCCAAAAUAAGUAAAGAAAAAGAAUGAGGCCAAGGAUGUUGCCAGCAUAUUGUCAGCAGGGACUAUAAAUACAGAUAGGGUCAAAGUAGUCAUCUCUGAAUAAUCUGAGUUGGAAUCACUUUUUAGAAUACACACACUCUCUCUUUUCUUUCUCUUGCUGCUAUUUUCUCUAGAAGUAUACACUUUUACAAGGAACCAAAACAAAUUUCUUACAAAUUUUUGAGUUUUAUCUGAGAAACUAUUACUGAGGAAAAUUACUGUGUUAAAAAGCAGUAAAAUUUAACAAACAUUUAUUGAAUAUAUCAGGUGCUGGGUAUUACAUUCUAUAAUUGAAUGUUAUUUAUCAAAAACUUGUAUACAGUAAAAUGUAUGAAGCUAAUUUUUUCAGUUUUGAUAUUCCUAGCUUAUCUACUUGCAAAACUAAUUUUUUACUAAGACUAAUCUAUUCAUUAUUUUCUCUAACAUGGCAGCCAUUAUAACCUUAAUUUAUUAUUAACAUACUUAAAAAGUACAUUAUUACCUCUAUACACUGAAGCAAUUUUUAAAAUGUCAUUAACAAAUGUAUCACCAGUUCUCCUUUUUUCAGCAAGAAGAGCCCAAAAGGUGCAGAGAUAUUUGUGUCAAAAAAUAAAAGUAUUUAGAAAAUUUCUUUGCUCUCUUAUUUACAUAGCUGCAUUAGACCUUCCAUGCAAAAUUGAAGUAAUCUGUUUUUUUGCCAAAGUAAGAAGGACAACUUUGGUUGUUGAAAAGCAAAUAUUUGUAAACCAGGUAGUACACAUCUCACCAUAAGGGGCUAUUCUUGCUUCAGGUGAUCUUAUUUUAAGUCAGUCAAGUAUGCACACAUAAAACAGUUCUUUACUUAGGAUUUGGGUUCUACAUUAUAAUCCAUGUCAGAGCUCACAGGGAGCUGAGGAUUCGGGAUUGUUCAUUUGUGCUGUUUCUCUAGCUUUCUCUGUCCCUCUCUUGGGUCUUCCCUUUCGGACUGCUAAUAUCUUCUUCCCCUCACCAGUGACCCCAUAGCUAGUUAGAUCUAUGAUACUUUCAGCUCACAGACCAUAAACUGCUGGCACAUUCUUUUGCAGUUGGCCCCCAGAGUAUUAUCUUAAAUUUUGAUUUAAUUGCCAAGAAUGCAAAAUCAAGGGGUGCCUGCCUGGCUCAAUCAGUAAAGCAUGUGACUCUUGAUCACGGGGUUGUAAGUUCAAGCCCCAUGUUGAGUGUAGAGAUUACUUAAAAACUUUUUUAAAAAAUCAAGAGUUUUCACAUAUUUAUAUUCCUGGAUUGCCUUGAAAAAAUGGGAAGAUCUGGAGAUUGAGAGCCCAUAUUGCCCCACAGCAAUAAUUAUCUCAGACUAAGUAGUGGCUGCCCCCUUUAAAAGGGCCUCACUUGCUUCACUUUACCACAGUCUUCGCGCUCUAUUACAUCUUCAUGCCAAAAUAAAGUUGCCCUGUCCUAUGGAUCUCCAUAACACUAUUGCCUUUUUUUCCUUCACACCCAGCCCAUUUCACUCUUUACAAUCUUCCUGGCACUGAGGUCUGUGAGUUUGAAAUGCUGGUUUGUCAGUCCUUAAGUUUUAUCAGCCUCAUCUAGUUCUUAGGGAGCAAAGAAGAAAAAGCAGAAAGAGCCUGUGUAAUGGCCUUCCCUCUAUGUAUGUUAGCUGAAAAAAUAAUCAGAUCUUCCACACUAGAUCUCCCAUCUUGUGGGCAUCUACCAUAUGCUACGAUUCUAUCAUCUACUAUUUAUUUAGACAGAUAUAUGCCCUACUCAGGAGGAGGAAGAGGGAAGGAGAAAAACCUCACCCAUCCACAUAUAAUCACAAGCCAGCCCAGAUGCCGAUUGCAAACAUAUUGAUGAAAUAUGUAACUUUCAUCAUUAUGGAAGAAAGGUAAGGAGAAAAGAAGGAGAGGAAGGAAGGAAAGGAGGAAGAAAGAAGGGAAAAACACUGAGUACCUACUAAGUGAUAGUCAUUUUCACAUGUUGCCCUAUUUAAUCAUUGUUUCCCCUGAGAAGAAUUAUUACUGUCAUUUUUUUAUUAAUUGGGAAAUUGGAUUUAGAGGAGUUAAAUCACUUUUCUAUGUGCCAAAGGCAGGAUUCAAUCCCAAGUCAGAAUGACUGCAGAGCCCAUACUCCUUUCCCUAUACCACCACACUUCUUUUGCAAAUGACAAUAUAGCAGUGUCAACUAUUCCAGGAUGUAAGCUUGAAAUUCGUCACUUGCCAAAACAAAUAAGAAAAAUAACUCAGGACUCCUGUCUCAACUUCAGGGAAUUUUUCUUAAAUCCAUUUGCAAUAACAAGGAAAAAAAGAGAACCACUAAAAAUCUUUGAGAACUAUUCCCUCAUUGAUGCAGUCACCAACCUCAGCAAAGACUUACCUGGUCCAGCUCAUAUGGCUAGAAAAUUUAAGUCUCACAAGGAUCAAAGAUAAGCUUCUCAAAUUCUUCACAAAGUUAAAAAAAUGAAGUCAAAUGUUAUAGAUAGCUAGAAGUACAGCCUGCUCUAAAAGCCUCCUUCUUCCUAGUCAAAUUCUCUUUAUUCUUCAUUGAACAAAGAGAAAUUGGAAGUAUAUGACAGAUGACCCCAAUUCAGACCUACAGUCCAGCCUACCAAAGCCAGUCUUCAAACAAGGCAGGUAGACAGCCAUCUAAUUACGUUUCUAGGUGGUGCACAGGAUCUCCCUGCCCAGAAAUACCUCCUCUUCAUGCCUGUUUCCCUGGCUCAAACAGUAUACAUCCACUUCCUUGUGAAACUACCUGCUUUUUAUAAAAAACCAGGCCAACUAUCACAUAUAAACAUGCUGAUGUAGUUCCAAUAAAAACAAACUGGUUUCUAAGGACAGAAAGCUCAAGAAAAGCUGGUGACUUGAGGCCCAGCACAUGCUUGCACAUAAUGGGAGUUUAUAAAUGCCCUUUGGCUUGAAUAGGAUUGAAUCACAUUGAUUCCCAGAGCAAAGAAUCCUACAUGUUAUUGCCCUUCUCUAAACUUUAUCUAGUGCCCAAAGCAAAAUCAAUUGCUCUAGGAGAAAGCAGGUUUCUAAGGACAACAAUAACAUGCAAGUAAAUAAAUUCUUACCAAGAAAUGAGAGAGUCACUUACACACCAAAAAAGAAAAGGUUAAGUUUCCUAAAAGGAACAAAAGCAAUUAUUUGCUAAUCCAAUGUCCUAGUUAAAUGUAAAUAAAGUUUAGUUGUUUACCUUACAAUAGUCUAUAUGUAAGGUCAGGUUUGAUCUAAGAACAUUUUAACCUACUAAAACUACCUGAGAGCACUCUCCUCUAUGUAUGUUCCCCAGGAAAUGCCCAAAUGUCCAGACAGUGCUGAUGUGAUUUAGGAUGUCCCCCUUCAGUAUCUACGCCAUUUACU